AUGGAUUCUCUCGAGUUCCACGCCGAGAGACCUUGGGGUCUAGAAGAGGGGGAAAACGACCCGGACGAAGACGAUGAGGACGAUGAAGCUGAAAAUGCUUUCUCUCUGGAGGAAGUGUUACGGCUCGGAGGCACCAAGCAAGAUUACCUCAUGUUGGCUGCUUUGGAUGAAAAUGAAGAAUUGGUGGAUGGAGGCAAAAAAGGAGCAAUUGAUGAUCUUCAACAAGGUGAACUGGAAGCAUUUAUUAAAAAUCUUAAUUUGACCAAGUUUGCAAAAACGGUCUUCAUUGAAGAAGAUGACGAGCCAGCUAAAAAAGAAAAUGCCAGCAAAAAAGAAACAAAGUCAUCUAAAGUAAAUAAUAAAGAGCAAAAUGCAGCAGAAAAUGAAAAGACAUCUGUCAGCAAUAUCAAGAAUAAGAAGAGACCGGAACACCUUGAUGGAAACAACAGCGCCAUCCCAAAAAUAAACAAAGACAAGCAACAGGAUAUCUUUGAGUUUUCUGAGAGACCGACAUUAUUAAUCAAGCCUGGUGGAAAAUGGUAUGAUCAAGAGUAUAGCAAUGAAUAUUCUUUGGAACCCCAGCCCCGGGAUGUCGUAUCAAAAUAUAAAACCUUGGCUCAAAAGUUGUAUGAGCACGAAAUCAACUUAUUCACCAGUAAGACCAGUAAUCAAAAGGGAGGCUCUUCUACCUGGAUGAAGGCAAUAGUGUCGUCGGGGACACUAGGUGACAGGAUGGCUGCCAUGAUUCUUCUUAUACAGGAUGAUGCUGUUCAUACACUCCAGUUUGUAGAAAGUCUCUUGAACCUCGUUAAAAAGAAGGGCAGCAAACAGCAGUGCCUCAUGGCUUUGGAUACUUUCAAAGAAUUACUCAUUACAGACCUUUUGCCAGAUAGUCGAAAGCUACGAAUUUUCAGCCAGCAUCCUUUCAACAAAAUAGAAGAGUUGUCCAGUGGCAAUAAAGACUCGAGAGAUAGAAGACUGAUACUGUGGUAUUUCGAACACCAGCUGAAACACUUAGUAGCUGAAUUUGUGCACACCUUGGAAUCUUUGAAUCAUGAUUCAUUAAUAACCACAAAAACUCGAGCUCUUACAGUGGCACAUGAGCUGCUUUGUAACAAACCCGAAGAAGAAAAGGCUCUUCUUGUGCAGGUGGUAAAUAAACUGGGCGAUCCUCAGAACAGAAUAGCCACAAAAGCCUCCCAUCUCUUAGAAAUAUUACUUUCUAAACAUCCCAAUAUGAAAGGAAUUGUGUGUGGUGAAGUAGAAAGGCUACUUUUUCGCUCAAAUAUCAGCCCCAAGGCUCAGUACUAUGCAAUUUGCUUUUUAAAUCAAAUGACUCUCUCUCAUGAACAAAGUGAAUUGGCCAACAAAUUAAUAACUCUUUAUUUUUGUUUUUUUCGGACUUGUGUCAAGAAAAAAGAUAUUGAAUCAAAAAUGCUCAGUGCACUUUUGACAGGAGUAAAUAGGGCAUACCCUUAUUCCCAGACUGGUGAUGAAAAAGUGAAGGAGCAGCUGGAUACACUUUUUAAAGUGUUGCAUAUGGUCAAUUUCAAUACCAGUGUACAGGCUUUAAUGUUGUUGUUCCAAGUUAUGAAUUCUCAACAGACAAUAUCAGAUCGCUACUAUGCAGCUUUGUACAGAAAGAUGUUGGAUCCAGGAUUGUUGUCCUGCUCCAAGCAAGCUCUGUUUCUUAACCUUGUUUAUAAGUCUCUCAAAGCUGAUAUCAUGCUGCGCCGGGUAAAGGCUUUUCUGAAGAGGUUGCUUCAAGUUACUUGUGAACAGAUGCCACCAUUCAUAUGUGGAGCUUUGUAUCUUAUUUCUGAAAUCCUUAAAGCAAAACCCACGUUAAGAAGUCAACUAGAUGAUCAUCCAGAAUCUGAUGAUGAAGAAAAUUUUGUUGACGUAGGAGAUGAUGAAGACAUAGAAAAAUUCACUGAUGCAGACAAAAAGACUGAGCCAGAAGAACCUGUGUGUGAAAGCAGUGAGGAAAGUCAAGCACGGAAGCCUGCAUCUUGGGUGCACUUCGAUAAUAUGAAAGGUGGCAAACAGUUGAAUACAUAUGACCCAUUUAGUAGAAAUCCAUUGUACUGUGGAGCAGAACAUACAUGUCUUUGGGAACUCAAAAAGCUGUCUGAGCAUUAUCAUCCUUCUGUGGCACUUUUUGCAAAGACUAUCCUUCAGGGAAAUUAUAUUCAGUAUUCUGGGGAUCCACUGCAGGAUUUCACACUAAUGAGGUUCUUGGAUCGAUUUGUGUACCGAAAUCCAAAGGUACAUAAAGGCAAAGAAAACACUGACAGUAUUGUAAUGCAGCCAAAAAGGAAGCAUUUUAUAAAGGAUAUUCGUAAUCUUGCUGUGAACAGUAAGGAGUUCCUUGCAAAAGAAGAAAGCCAGAUACCCGUGGAUGAAGUGUUUUUCCACAGGUAUUAUAAAAAAGUUGCCAUUCUUAAAGAGAAACAACAGCGACAUGCAGAUGAAGAAAGUAUAGAAGAUGUGGAUGAUGAUGAAUUUGAAAAAAUGAUUGACACAUUUGAAGAUGAUAAUUGUUUCGUUUCUGGAAAAGAUGACCUUGAUUUUGCUGGCAAUGUGAAAAAGAAAACAAAAGGAGCUAAGGAUAACUCAGAAUAUGAAGAUUCAGAAGGCAGUAAUGAGGACCUGGAGAACCUGGAUGAUGACGAGGUUUCCUUAGGAAGUAUGAAUGAAGAAUUUGAUGAAAUUGAUGAAGAGGGAGGAACAUUCAUGGAUGUAUUGGAUGAUGAAAGCGAAGGCAUUCCAGAACUUGAUGAUGAUCACCCUGAAGAUAAUACCAAGAAACACAAGCGCAAAAGUGGAGGUGAUUUGGACUUUGCUGGAUUAUGUCAAGGGCCGAGGCAAAAAAAGAAAAGAAAGCUCGAUGACUCAGACCUGUUUGUAUCUGCUGAAGAGUUUGGACACCUAUUGGAUGAAAAUAUGGGAUCCAAGUUUGAUUACAUUGGCAUGAACGCCAUGGCUAACAAAGAUAAUAACCUUCAGGACACGCCCCUCCCCGCCCUGGGGCUCCACUACUCCGACCCCUACUCCCCAAACCCGACCCCCUACUACCCAAACCUGCACACCCACCGGGCGCCGCCCGGGUCACUGCGCGCCAAGCGGCCCGGGAGUUUCUGA